CUGCUUUUAAUGACCAUUCAGAGAAAAUUCUCCUGUCAGAUGUGAAAGCGCUGACCCUGCAUCAUGGACAGAUGACCAAAUCUAGGAGGUCGCCUGCAGUACCUCAGCUCAAGUGUGUGGGAGGUUCAGCCCAUUAUAAGUUCACGCCAAAAGUGGUACAGUGUAUUAACAAGGGAUCUGAUGGCUAUGAUAUUCAGUGGGAAUGUAAAACUGAUAUGGACAAUGCUUAUCGCUUCGGCCAUGUUGAAGUGACAUGUGAAGGCUAUGAUUACCCAAAUGACCCAUACGUGCUGAAGGGUUCUUGUGGGCUUGAAUAUACUUUGGAGUUUACAGAGGAAGGUUUGCAGAGGGAGCGGCAAAAGGGAGGUUACAACUACCAUGGCAGCUACAAGUUUGAGGGAUCAUCUGGAGGAGUCAACGGCCUCAUAUUUGUGGCUACAGUGAUACUGUUGAUGUACUUCAUCUACAAGGUCUGCAUCGCUCCCACUGAUCAUUCUCCUGAAGGCACGGCAGAGAACAACCCCCACCCUAUGGUUUCAGGCCAGAAUAUAUGCCUGGACAAGGUAAAUCUACAUUGCUCACCACCACCAACUUAUGACAGCUGUGGUGGAGCUCAGGGCUUCACGAACCCAGGUUUCGCAUCCGCCGCACCUGGUACCGGGGGCGGCUUCUGGACUGGGGCAGCAACGGGUGGACUUCUAGGCUACCUCUUUGGACGCACAAACAAUUACAACUACGGUCCCACUUACAGACCAGCAAGCUCUUGGUUUAGCCAGGACUAUGCAGCUGGCCCUAGCACUUCCAGCAGCUCAUUUUUCUCAUCUCCACCUAGUGGAGGAUCUUCUUCCGGGACGAGGACGGCGUCAGGAUACGGUGGAACCUCCAGGCGAUAG